UCUAGUUUGCAAACUUUUAUGUGGUGCUAAUGGACUAAUGGCGGACGGACAAAAGUGAGUUUCUGUCAUAUUAGCCGCCCACAUAACAGAUGGAUGACAUCAAUGUACUACACCACAGAUGCCUCCUGAAUCUGAGGCGCCGAAUCAGAGAUAUUGGGGAUGGGCGCCCCGCCCAAGAACGAUACAUGAGGUUGCAGAAGGAUGGAGACACACUCAGUUACCAAGGGAACUCUGAAGAGGUGGGUUGCUAUGUGGCUGGCCAUCCUUUAUCAAAGGGAAAUUGCUACUUCGAGGUGACGAUAGUGGACACAGGGGUGAGGGGGACCAUUGCUGUGGGCCUGGUGCCUAAAUUCUAUAGGCUGGACCACCAGCCUGGCUGGCUGCCAUACUCUGUAGCUUACCACGCUGACAACGGCAAGUUAUACAAUGGGAACCCUGUGGGUCAGCAGUUUGGGCCAAAAUGUGCUCGUGGUGACCGCGUUGGCUGUGGAAUACACUCAGAAAAUAUCGAAGCAGGUUUUACAACAGUCUUUUUCACCAAAAAUGGCAAAGAGGUGGGCUCAGUGGAGGUUCCUGUGUUGGCGGAGGGGCUGUUCCCUGCUGUAGGGAUGCACUCCAUGGGGGAGGAGGUGAAGGUUGACCUGCAGGCUGAGUGGUUCCUGGAGGAGGACGAUAGUAUGAUGAUGGUUGACAGCCAUGAAGAUGACUGGGGCCGGCUUUAUGACGUCAGAGUAAGCGGCACGCUCUUGGAGUACGUUGGCAAAGGAAAGAGCAUCAUGGACGUGGGUUUGGCCCAGGCCCGUCAGCCACUCACCACUCGCUGCCAUUACUAUGAAGUAGAGAUCGUUGAUGCUGGGGAGAAGUGCUAUAUUGCCCUGGGCCUGGCAAGAAGGGACUACCCAAGGAACAGACAUCCGGGAUGGAGUAGAGGGUCAGUGGCUUACCAUGCAGACGAUGGGAAGAUCUUUCACGGCAGCGGGGUCGGAGACGCUUUUGGUCCUCGCUGUUUCAAAGGUGACAUCAUGGGCUGCGGCAUCAUGUUCCCACGAGACUACAUCCUGGAUGGAGAAGGUGACAUGGACGACUGGGAGCGGCUGGAGGUCCGUCCGGGUCACGCAGGUGUCCAGAACGUUCUGUACCUCAACGAUGAAGAGGAGGAAGAGGAAGAUGGGGAAGAGGCAGAGCAGGGACAGGAGGGAAGGAAGGUCACGGUGUUCUUCACGAGGAACGGGAAGCUAAUGGGCCGGAGGGAGAUGGUGGUUCCUCCCGGUGGCCUCUACCCCACCGUGGGAAUGCUAAGCAGCGGAGAGAAGGUGAAGGUGGAUUUACAUCCUCUCAGUGGAUGAGCUGAGAGUUUGGACUGGACUUGUGAUGCCCUGCAAACAGCUGGCUGCACUGUAGAGCUCACCCACAGUAGCCUAGCAUGCUGCUAACACUCGCCAGAGCACACUCGGCUCAGCUGCACACAUGCACGUCGCUGUCGUCUUCCUCGACACUACCCCCGGCUUUUAUUUAUAAGACUUGUAUAGUACAUUGUGUACAUCUCACAAUCAUCACAGAAACACAACCAGACCCUUCUCCUGGUUGUAAAGUAGCAGAGAGAGAGAGAUAGAUAUCCUACAUGAGCUGUGUAGGUUAACAGCGUGCAGUGUGCAGGAGUAAAUGACUCCUGAGAGACAUUUAACCGAUAAUACUAUGCAAUCUGCACUGCUAUCAUCCUCUCAUCUAACCUCCGUCUGCAUGCAGCGUGUCUCUGAAACACUGCGCUGUUAAAUCCCGCUCAUGAGGUCUGGCACGCUUGGUUUAUUUCAUUUGUCACGACCCCAAGCAAAGCAGAGCGAGGCCAACAGUUGUGCCGAGUCAGAGCUUGUUGGCACUUUUAUGUUUCAGGGAAUAGACCCUCUCCCUUUCUCUCUCUCUCCCUCUCUCCCUCUCUCUCUCUCUCUUUGUCUCUUUCUCAACCUCUCUCUCCCUGUCCCCUCUUUCUGGGUGAGGCUGCCCUCCUGUGAGCGAUCAGGGACCUGCUGUUGCCCCAAACUCCCUCACUGCUCUCCUGGAGCUGGCUGGAAGUGAACAGUGGAUCUGUUUCAAUAUUUCAUUUUGGAUCUGAUUAUUGUAGAGGAUUAUUACAAGUUUUAGUAAUCACUACCAAACAUACGAUUCUGCUCCUGAGCAGCAUCAGAAUCAGACGUUUCCUAAGAGUGGAUGAAUAGAUUUGUGAGUAUUUUAUAGUUUCACGUUGGAGCCGGAGUAAAUGAACGUGUCAGGUAUAUUUUCUACAAGGAAUCUGCAAAAUACACAUUUAAAUUUAUCUUCUACUUCAAAAGUUCAGGGAAUGUGUUUGUUUUUUUUUUGUUUCUUUUAGAACAUGAAUGAACAUGAGGAGACUUUAAAGGAAGACAUGCAUACAGUGGGUGGACAAAAUAACAGGAACACCUUAUAUUAUGGAAUCCAGUGUAACAUAACAAACUACAGCCAUAAAAAAUAACCAUCGUGUUCAAUACACACCUGAAAAUAAAAUUUACCUUUGCACCUCACACAGAAGUAUCAGUUUCAGGGCUAUUGAAUUGGAUUCUGUCAUACUGUAAUGUGUUAUACUGUUAUUUUGACAUUUCCAUUUGUAGAGGUUUUACUCUCUGUGCAUGUUAGCUCUCCAUAUGAAGGAUUAUUUUCUACUUUAAUUUUCCUUUUUUUCCAGUUUUAACCUUAAAGCUAGAAUGAUGUGAUAUUUAUUUUUAGCUUAAAAACUGCUUAAGAGCCAAGAGACAGAAAAUAUCUGCUCAAAAUAAUUUCUUGCUUUUCCAGUCAGAACAUAACUUCCUCUCUGUGAUGCCAUAUGUGGUGUAUUAUUAACUGCUGGAUGUUUUUUUUUAAGUAAAAAGACAAUGAUGUUUGGUUGCUGCAUGUGGUUUAACAAAAAAAAAAAAGUGCUUGUGUUCCAGCAUAUGACAGCAGCACCAGGGGCCUGUAUCACAAAGUGAGAUUAGUGGGGUUAUCCAGAUAUCUUUGGGAUUAGCUCAGGUUUUGUAGAUGGAGAGGGACUUUCCCAUUUGGGAAAGUGGUCUCAGACCUUUGACCCCACUGUAGCUCGUCCAGUCAACAGUCUAAAACCCAAAAGUUAUCAAUUUAAUUAUCUUGAGAUGUAAGAAAACAGUAGAUCCGGCUCAUUUGUAACCAGAGCAGAACCUGGUCAAAAUAGUCCGACUGCCAGCCAAUCAGAUCACUGGAAAAUUGAAGUCAUCAUUCCUUCAGAAUCCAAACAUGGACGAAGAGUUUACAACAGCUGCGAGUUUUAAAGAACAGAAACAUUUUUAUGUAUUGCUUACAUGAUAAUUAUGACAAAGAUAGAAGAAAGUGCCACUAAUGAUUAUUUUCAUUAUUGAUUAAUCCGCCAAUUAUUUUCUUCAUCAAUUGGUUGAAAGGGGUGAAAAUAUGUUACAAUUUCUUAAAACCCAAGUGGGUGUUUUCAGAUAACUUGUCCAAUCAACAGUCUAAAACCCAAAAGUUUUAAACUUAAUUUAUCAUAAGACUGAUCCAUGUGUCUACUCUGGGUUUAAAACUGAGGUUCUAACAAGGGAGAGAUGGAUUACAACCAACAGGCUAAUGAAUGAUUAUUAUAGCUUCAUAUUAAUUGCACAGCCUGUUAAUUAGCUGUUUAAAUUAUACAUGCAACAUUUCAGGAGGAUUGACCUAGUCAAGCAGUAAUUUCUGUUCAGUCUAAUCACAACAAAUUUGUUCUUAAGAGAAUUUUCUUGUAUUUCAAAUUUUCUCUUAGGUUACGAUUGGAAAUUACGAGUGGUCCAGAAAUCAUGAACAGAUGCUCUGCUUUUCACCACAGGGGAAAAAACACUGAUUUUACAUAAGGAUCAUAAUACCUUAAUCAGAAUUAUUUGGAGUUCAAACAUGAUAUUGCCAGUUUACUGACAGUUUAUGUUUUGUAAAUAUAUAUAUAUAUAUAGGUACUAAAAUAGUACUACAUUUAAAAAGUAGAGAUGAAAAUAAUUAUUUACAAGUUUGUGCAGCUAAGAAUCUGACUUGAAACUCGUACGAAGUAUAUACUUUUUUUUGCAUCAUGCCCAUCGUCUCUCUUAUUCCAUGCGUUCUUUUUUCUCAAAACUUGGUGCCUAUAUUACCCACAAUGCAACUCAACCACUGAUAGUUUGUUCAGAUCCAGGUGUGUCAUGCUUUGAGCUGCUAACCUCACAUAAAGAUAAGGAGUGGGCUACACAGGUCUGGUAAAUUCACUUGUUUCUAACCGUCUACAAACUCGUAGACUUCAGACCCAUCCAACUUCUAGGGAGUUAUCAGAUUUCACUCGUCUCCCACUGGAGCCACAGAACAUGAACUUUUUUUUCCACAUAUGCAGCGGGACUCCAGAAGACCUAUAACUAGACUUUGAUGUGUACAUUUGGUUUAGUUCCCCUUUAACAGUUCCAGUUUAGUAAAUAACGGUUAUCCAGUAUCACAGAUGUUUGGCUCAGUUAAACAGGCGACCCCCAAAGAGUUGAACUUUCUUCGUGAUACAGGCCCAAAAGCUGAAGCAAUCUGUGUAGGAGAAUGAGAAAUACUGUUGGGUUUGUCAUAUUGUGUAAGUGGGAGCUGGUUUCCACACAAAUAAUUCUGAGUGAUGAUUUUUUUUUUCUUCUGUUUGAUUAAAGGGAAUGAUACCAACAUUAUUAUUAUUAUUAUUAUUAUUAUUAUUAUUAUUAUUAUUAUUAUUAUUAUUAUUAUUUUUAGCUAAAUCGGUUAACCAAAAUCUUCAUCAAAUUGGUUUUGUCUGCAUCCGCACAUCUGUAUCUGUCCAUUACAACAUCAGCAGCCCUGUAACUUUAAUGUACAUUCCUCUGUACCUUCCUGUAAGGUGCAUGCAGCAGGUUUUUGUAGUGUUUUGGCCUGAGGACAAACCGCAUCAUUCAUAGACUAGGAUACUGCAAACAGUAAUGCUAGAGAUAUAACAUGCUGUAAAAUUACGACACAGGGUUUAACUGUCAAAUCACAUAUCUGCUGGAGAUUGUAUGUUUUGUUUUUAGCUGUUGUCAUGCAUUUGUUUUAGAGUCAUCUGUAUAGACAUGUUAAAAAAUGUGAAUCAGUCUGUUUUUCUUCUCCUGCAGGGCUGGAUAGAGACUUAAGUACAGGUUGUUACAGCCUAAACUGUAAAACCUAAGCUAGACAGUGCAAAGAUAUUAAUGCGACACUGAUGUGGACAUUUCGGCCACAUCUAAGUUCAGGGUAUUAAAGUCACUUAUAUUUAAGUUUACUCAGAAUCUCAGUUUACAAAAAAUGACACCUUUCAACCAAAUUAGAGCUAAAUCUGGUUAAAAGUUUUGUAGUGUCUUCAAACGUACUCACCAAGGACUCCUGUAAUAAUAAUCCCUCGCCGACUUGCACUAUAAUGGCCUUGUUCAGUACAUGUAUGAUCAUCAAUAAAGGUUUCAGCAAUGUAACAAAGUUGUGUAUUGUUUUAUUUUAAAUGUUCUAAAAUUUUGACCAAGUAGCUCCAAUGUUUUUGAGCCUGAAUUUGGUACCACUCUCUGAUAUGUCACCGUUUAUAAAGGGUUCAAAGGUUGUGAUUUAUAAUUAAGGUUUCUAUUUUAUAGAUGCUUCAUUAAUCAGUUAUGAGCCAAUAAGAAUCAGUUUUUUGGGUUGCCAGGUUGUGGAAAAUCCCUCUAGCUGGUGUUUAUCCUUUAUUUGGUAAUAAUGAAUUUAAAAAUGUUCAUAAUCUGUUCAUAAAGUUUCUUAUAAAAUCUAGUCUGCAGUUAAACACAAAGUUGUUAAUUAUGGAUUCACCUACAUUCACAGAAAACAUUCUCUGCGUGUUUUUCCAGAAGGUAAGUCUAUGAGAUGAAUUUUGUCCAUUAAUAAAAUUGCAAAGAAAUGUGGACUCGCAAACUAUCAACAAGAAAAGCAAACCAAAAUGAUUUUCAUUCCAUUAUGACAAAAAGCUAUAAUGUAAAAUGCAAGAAAUUAUGAGAUGCAAAACGUUUUUUGUAUUUCACAUUGUAGCUCUUUAUAUCAGUCAUAUUUUGAAUUGAAAAGUUUGGUUUGCAGUUUUUGUUGAAUAGUUUGCCAUCUC